AUGGCCACAGGACAUGAACGUUACAUCGACGACUAUGAAUCCGGAGUCAAGUCCGGGCGCAUAGCUCAACCGCCACGCGGGCUGAUAAAGUACAUUGACAUCAUAUACGAGAUAGAGAACCAAACGAGGAUCCUUCCUGCGAGAGUCCAGGAGAUAAGAGUUGCGACACCGGCCACGGCUUCCCGUGAAGAGGCCCAGAGGAUUCUCAACCAGUUAAUCGAUCCUCUUUCGGAGAGCCUCAGGUAUCUCCUCAACAUCAGAAAGACCGUUUAUAUUGACUUCCAUUGUGCACGUCUCCGUGCCAGGAGAAGUGGGCCGCCGCCCGAAGUCCUCAGGAGUGUGGAGAAUUUGGAGGCGCUAUGGAGGGAAGCAAUAAUGGAGGCCGAGCACGUGUUGGACGCGGCUCUAGACGACUUGAAGCACCACAUCGCGUUCUAUCAAGUGCCAGGUCGCUACCUCGACAACCCGGCCAAAGACGACCGGCUAUUUCGCGAAGUUGGUCCCCUCGAUACUGCCCGUCUGGUCCUUACUUACAACUGUCAGAGAACAGGUAGAGAGACAAGUGGGAAAACCAUGCUCAAGUGUCGAAAACGUAAGGCGCCUGGUGCGUCAACCACCACCAGCACCCCCCGAACUACUCGCGCCAGCGCAGCGUCGCGGAGAGCGGCGUCAGCCCGUAGCGCAGUUCCCGAUGUGUACCGAGAAAUGGUUUCUGAGGCACGGCGCAUGGCUGUUGCUGAAGAUUUCCCGGAAGCUACAACGCCAGAGAGACCACUGAAGCGAAGAAGGCCCGGAGAGAGACAAACGCCAAAGGUCGAGACGAAGCCAGUCAAGCCAACUGUAAUACCGGAGCCCACAACGACGGAUCAUGAUAACCCAGAAGACGAUGACGACGAGGAGCUUGAGUUUGAGGAUGUCGAGUUACCACCACCCACCUUACAGACCAUUACUAGAGACUCAGACGAUGAAGACGAUGAAGAGCUGGAGUUGGAGGAUAUCGCAUUCGAUUCCCAGGGCGCAUUUUCCUCGGCUGUAGCAGGCGAUGUUCAGCUAGACCUGAACUUGAGCGCCCAGAAAGCAGCAAUGGCACCUCAUCGAAGAGUUGUAGAGCGGCGAAAAGCACUAAGCAAAUCCGAGAAGGAACAACGAAGGGAGAUUCACAAAAUCCACCUCCUUUGUCUUCUUGCGCAUGUGGAGCGGAGGAAUAGAUGGUGUAACAGUCCCAAAGUCCAGGAGGCUCUGAGAGCGCUCUUGACGGACAAAAUGCGAAAGUCACUAAUACCGAGAGCGAGUUUGAACCAGUACGGGCGAACCGAAUCACUCAAGGCAGGACUUCAGGAGACGAGCACCAUGUUUAAAACGAAGUUCCAGAUCACGGAACGGGGACUGCGGCGAGCAUUGUGGGCGGAAGAUGAGGGGCAGUUGAAAAAUUACCAACUCCCAGAUGACCUCGAAACUGUCAAGUCCAAAGACGACUUUCUUAAAGCCGCCAAAUCUCUUUCCGGCUCUCGUGAUGUUGGAGCCCAGCUCUUUUGUGCACUCCUUCGUUCCAUUGGCGUCCAAGCCCGCCUUGUAUGCUCCCUUCAGCCACUCUCUUGCGUCCCGGGGGCUCCUACGAUGCCUAAACAACAGAAAACGAAAUCUUUAAAUGCCUCAAAGGGACCAUCCGCAGCCGAUCGGUAUGCCGCUGCAAUGUCCAAGUACGGCAAUACAACCACCACUCCAGAUCCAAGAACCCCAGCAUUCCUGUCAGGCCGAAGUCGUCUCGGACACCCAAACGCAACAGCCUACAACGUCCCGUCCAUGACCGCUCCCCCACCACCCCCUUCCCGCCCCGAAAUCCCCAAAGCCAAGACAAUAAAAGGGGAAUCCCCAUACCCCAUAUACUGGGUAGAAGUCCUCGAUGAGGCACAACAAAAAUGGCACCCCGUAGACCCCCUCGUCACCAACACCCAAUGGCGCCCGCGUGCUCUCGAGCCCCCAGCCUCCGAUAAAGAAAACAGCCUCACCUACGCCAUCGCCUUUGAUGAAGACGGCUUCGCCCGCGACGUCACCCGCCGCUACGCCAAAGCCUACAACUCCAAGACCAAGCGCCAACGCAUCGACGGGCCCAUCUCGCCCACUACUCCCUCGGGGAUCAACACAGGCGAGCGCUGGCUCCGCCGCCUUUUCUUGCGACACUACACCGCUACCGAUUUUCCCACCGACCUCGACCAAAUCGAGCUCAACGAGCUCGCCGCUCUUGAGGGCGCAGAGCCCAUGCCCCGCAACGUCCAGGACUUCAAGGACCACCCCAUCUACGCGCUCGAGAGACAUCUUCGUAGGAACGAAGUCCUCCUACCCGGCGCUCAAUCAACAGGGACAGUGUCAGCGGGUUCCAAAGCCCCCAUUGAGCGCAUCUACCGCCGUAAAGACGUGGUCGUCGCUCGAUCGCGCGAAAAAUGGUUUCGGCUCGGCCGCGUAGUCAAACCCGGUGAAGAGCCAGUAAAAGUUCUUCCUCCCAAGAGGAAACGGAGUUCCAAGUUUGGUGGGGAGAGGAUAUCAUCCUCUUCUCCUUCUCUCCUCGAGACUAAUAAUGAAGACGACGACGACGGUGAUGAAGGGGAUCUGUUCGGGGAUUACUCCCUUGCCAAAGCUGGCGGGACACCGCUUUACGCUCCGCAGCAAACAGAGCUGUACGUACCCCCGCCCGUUUCCAAGUCGGGGAAGAUUCCGAAGAAUAAGUUUGGGAAUGUGGAGGUGUAUGUCCCUUCUAUGGUCCCUGCUGGAGGAGCGCACAUCCCGCAUGAGAGAGCGGCGCAGGCGGCGCAUAUAUUGGGGGUGGACUAUGCGCCUGCGUUGACGGGGUUUGAGUGGAAGGGAAGAAAGGGGACGGCGAGGAUCUUGGGAGUGAUGGUUCCCGAAAAGGCGGCGGAGGCGGUGAGGGCGGUGAUUACGGGGUUGGUGGAUAUGGAGGAGGAGGAGAGGGAGGAGAGGAGGAGGAUGGAGGUGUUGAGGUUGUGGAGGGUUAUGUUGAGGGGACUGAGGAUUAGGGAGAGGGUGUUUGGGGGUGUUGAGGAGGAGGAAGUGGAGGAGGAGGAGGGGGAGGAGGGGGAGGAGGAGGAGGAGGAGGAGGAGGAAGAAGAACAUGAUAAGAAAAAGGACAAGAAAGGGAAAGAGAAAGAAAAGGGAAAAGAGACGGAGGAGGAGCAGUUUGAUAGGGAGAUGGCAGAUGCGCCGAGUGAUGUGUCGGAGGAGUUUUAUAUGGAUAUGGAUAAUGAUGAUGAAGAAGGGGGUGGUGGGUUUUUAAUUGAGUAGAUUUUGCAUAUUUCAAAAUGGAAAUUCUCUUUUUCGAG